AUGUAUGCAGAUAACUAUGUGAGCAAAGAAUUAUCUGAUUAAAAUUGUACUACAGGUCCUCUUAAGGUAGCAAACGAUGUUUUCGAUACAGCCUAAUAAUACUGGUGUAAAAAUAUUGAUUUAUAGGGAUAAACAGUUGGAUGUCCUUGCAACAUUUAAAACAAAUCUUAGUGGUCUCCAGCAGAUCAAGAAAUAUUGUCAACUUAUAAUGGUAUAUCUUCUACAGGAACAAAUAGUGUUGAUGAUUGCGUUAUAUUCUAGCAAGAGUUGAAUGGCAAUUCUGAUGAAGUUCAGUUUUUAAAACUUAUUGAAGAAACAUUUGAGUGCACAGGAAUUUGCAAAGGAGAUAUUAUUUACUACUUUUCAGAUAUUAAUAGAGGCCCUACUGACACAACAUAAGGAUGCUAUAUAUAGAUUCGUGAUUUUAUCUUCCAUUGGUUGGGUUUAUGCCAUAUAUAUUCAAUUAUAGCUUUUAGCAUAGAAUUAGCAAGCACAAUAUUUACUUUUAUAAAUUUUUGGAUAGAUAAGAGAAACAAACAAAAAUACAACAAUGCUCAAAGAAUACACAAUAAAGAGAUAGAAUGA